CCCGCGGCCGAAGCUGAGGGGAGGGAGCGGGCGCCGCCGCCGCCUGCUCGGGGUGAGCGGCCGCGGGCCGGGCACAGCGGGCAGCGCCGGGACGGGACGGGGAGAGCGUGUGUGCGUGCGGAUAGACGGGCAGAGCGACGGACAGACAGGGUGCCGCCAUGGAUCAUCACUACGACCCGCAGCAGACCAACGACUACAUGCAGCCGGAGGAGGACUGGGACCGCGAUCUGCUCCUCGACCCGGCGUGGGAGAAGCAGCAGCGGAAGACAUUUACAGCAUGGUGUAAUUCUCACCUCCGCAAGGCUGGGACACAGAUUGAGAACAUAGAGGAAGAUUUCAGGGAUGGUCUUAAACUCAUGUUACUUCUGGAAGUCAUUUCAGGUGAACGUUUGGCUAAGCCUGAAAGAGGCAAAAUGCGAGUGCACAAAAUAUCCAACGUGAACAAAGCUCUGGAUUAUAUCGCCAGCAAAGGAGUGAAACUUGUGUCCAUUGGUGCAGAAGAAAUUGUGGAUGGCAAUGUUAAAAUGACUCUGGGAAUGAUCUGGACCAUCAUCCUUCGUUUUGCCAUUCAGGAUAUCUCAGUUGAAGAGACAUCUGCUAAAGAAGGACUUUUGUUAUGGUGUCAGAGGAAGACAGCCCCCUACAAGAAUGUAAACAUCCAAAACUUCCAUAUCAGUUGGAAAGACGGCCUUGGUUUCUGUGCUUUAAUUCACAGACAUCGUCCAGAGCUCAUUGAUUACGGGAAGCUACGAAAGGAUGACCCUCUCACUAAUCUAAACACAGCCUUUGAUGUAGCUGAGAAAUAUCUGGAUAUCCCCAAGAUGUUGGAUGCAGAAGACAUUGUUGGAACUGCCCGUCCUGACGAGAAAGCCAUCAUGACCUAUGUUUCUAGCUUCUACCACGCCUUCUCAGGAGCCCAGAAGGCGGAGACAGCAGCAAAUCGUAUUUGCAAGGUGCUGGCAGUCAACCAAGAGAAUGAACAGCUCAUGGAAGACUACGAAAAGCUGGCCAGUGAUCUGCUGGAAUGGAUCCGUCGCACCAUCCCCUGGCUGGAGAACCGGGCACCAGAGAACACCAUGCAAGCCAUGCAGCAGAAACUGGAGGACUUCCGGGACUACCGCCGCCUGCACAAACCCCCCAAAGUCCAAGAGAAGUGCCAACUUGAGAUCAAUUUCAACACCCUGCAGACCAAGCUACGGCUCAGCAAUAGGCCAGCCUUCAUGCCUUCAGAAGGGAAAAUGGUUUCGGAUAUAAACAAUGCCUGGGGUGGCCUAGAGCAGGCUGAAAAGGGCUACGAGGAGUGGUUGUUGAAUGAGAUUCGGAGGCUAGAGAGGCUGGAUCACCUGGCAGAGAAGUUCCGGCAGAAGGCAUCUAUUCACGAGUCCUGGACAGAUGGUAAGGAAGCGAUGCUGCAGCAGAAGGAUUACGAAACUGCUACCCUCUCGGAGAUAAAGGCCCUGCUGAAGAAACACGAGGCCUUUGAGAGCGACCUGGCUGCACACCAGGACCGUGUGGAACAGAUUGCUGCUAUUGCACAAGAGCUGAAUGAGCUGGACUAUUAUGACUCUCCGAGUGUCAAUGCCAGGUGCCAGAAGAUCUGUGAUCAGUGGGAUAAUCUGGGUGCCCUAACCCAGAAACGUAGAGAAGCUUUAGAGAGGACAGAGAAGCUACUGGAAACAAUUGACCAGUUGUACCUGGAAUAUGCCAAACGAGCUGCCCCCUUCAACAACUGGAUGGAAGGUGCUAUGGAAGACCUGCAGGACACAUUCAUUGUUCACACCAUUGAGGAGAUCCAGGGAUUGACCACAGCCCAUGAACAGUUCAAAGCCACUUUGCCAGAUGCCGACAAGGAGAGACAGGCCAUCCUGGGAAUCCACAAUGAAGUCUCAAAGAUUGUCCAGACGUACCAUGUCAACAUGGCAGGAACAAAUCCUUACACUACAAUCACCCCACAGGAGAUCAAUGGCAAAUGGGAACAUGUGCGGCAGCUGGUUCCUAGAAGGGAUCAAGCCCUAAUGGAAGAACAUGCUCGCCAGCAGCAAAAUGAGAGACUUCGUAAGCAGUUUGGUGCACAAGCCAAUGUCAUUGGUCCCUGGAUUCAGACCAAGAUGGAGGAGAUUGGCCGCAUUUCAAUAGAGAUGCAUGGGACCCUGGAGGACCAGCUCAACCACUUGCGGCAGUAUGAGAAAAGCAUUGUGAAUUACAAACCAAAGAUUGACCAGUUGGAAGGAGACCACCAACAGAUCCAGGAGGCGCUUAUCUUUGACAACAAGCACACCAACUACACCAUGGAGGUAAACAUUUUGCAGUGCCUUUUCCUGCAAUGUAACGCCAGCAGUUCAGACAGCUUGAUCUGUUGUUGCACCAGCUGCAUCCAGUUCAGGCAAUAUGUUGUAGUCCUGUCACGGUUUGAACUAAAAAUCUACCUGCGUCCGUGACAGGGGGCCGUAGGC